AUGUCCAACACCAGCAUGAACAUGGGCAGGGCCACCUUCUACGAGGACAGAAACUUCCAGGGCCGCUCUUAUGAGUGCAGCUCCGACUGCCCCGACAUUUCCUCCUACAUGAGCAGGUGCCAAUCCUGCAGGGUCCAGAGUGGAUGCUUCAUGAUGUACGAGCGCCCCAACUACAUGGGAAACCAGUACUUCAUGAAGAGGGGAGAGUACUCUGACUACCAGAGUAUGAUGGGAAUGGGCGAUGGUUUCAGGUCCUGCCGCAUGAUCCCCAUGCAUCGUGGAAACUUCAGGAUGAGGAUCUACGAGAGGGAGAACUUCGGAGGUCAGAUGCACGAGAUGAUGGACGACUGUGACUCCAUCCAGGAGCGUUACCGUAUGUCAGACUGCCAGUCCUGCAACGUGAUGGACGGCCACUGGCUGAUGUUUGAGCAGCCCCACUUCAGAGGCAGGCAGAUGUACAUGAGGCCUGGAGAGUACAGGAGCUUCAGGGAUAUGGGCAUGGGAAUGGGAGGCAUGGGCGGCACGAGUGGCAUGAGGUUCAUGAGCAUGAAGCGUAUCAUGGACAACAUGUCUAUGUAA